AUGUACGAUGGUGCUGAUGACAGUGACAGUGAUGGAUUGAGUCAGCAGAGCAACAGUGAACAAACUGAUAGGCAGCAGGUUUCUAUUAUGGAGAAUGAAGAGUCUGACAGUCUUGGAAUUCAAACCAAGAUAUUUGAUCAACACAAUGUUGAGCAGAGGUUGCAGCAAGAAGUAAAUGAAAUUGGUGAUUUAGAAAAAGAGAUUACUCGACUUAAAAAACUCCUAAAAGUUGCAAAACAGAAAUUACAUGAAUGUGAUAAUGAAGAGCUUAGUUUCCCUGGAGAUUCAAAACCAGGUCCAGCUGACAUGGAAAUUCAGUCUAAAAAGCCAAAACAGAAGAAUGAUGAGCUUAUAGCAAAACUGCAACCAUCAUCUUCAAAAUGUAUACGUCUGGAUGAGGAAAAGACACCUCAACAGGAGUUAUCAAUGGAAGCACUUCUAAAGCGACGUGAAGAACUAAAGGAUAGAGUAAAGAAGGCAAAACAAGAAGCAGUAAACCUCAGAAAUAUAGAAAAGAAUAUGGUAGAAAUCUGUGAAUUAGAAGACUAUAAAAAGAAGCUUGAAGAAAGAGCAAUACGGGAUGUAGCAGACAAAGUAGAAAAAGUCAAUUCACUUUUACAGAGACAAAGAGCAUCUCAAGAAACGUCAGAGCAGAAGAUAAAUGAUCAGGCUUCAACAAGUCACUUGGAACUCAGAAAUAAAGAAUUGGAAUCAGAAAUCUCUAAAGUGCAAACUUCUCAAGAUGAUAUCGAAAGAGAAUUGAAAAAAUAUGUGCGACUCUACCAAGAAGAAUUGGAAGGCAGAAAGUUACUGGAAAAUCAGCUAACUGAGUAA